GUCAAACGGAGUACAAUCUACCCCUAGGCCCUGCAGACUUAUGAGGGAUGUAACGAUCACGAUCAAGUAAAUAGACGUCCUCUUUGUACAAGUAAGAUGGCAAAAGGCCGAACAUUUGUUCCAUCGAAAGAGAAAGAAGGAAAUUGGUUUGCGACAAGAGGCUGGCCGAGAACACUUGAUGUUACCAAACCACAAGAGAAGAGAAUAGCAUCACCACCUGCGAACUUCAAAUACAAACAUGAGACUCCAUUCAGAAGAUUCGCUUUCUCCACACAUGACAACAGACACGCUUUUCAAGAUCAAGGAGAAUACUUUGGAAAUGGACUUGGACGAAGAACAUUUCCCGACAGGUGUCAACACUAUUCCAACAAUUUGAUAACAUGGAAUGCAAAUAACGACGCACGCUCGUGCUAUAUGGCGUCUUAUCAAGGUUCUCAGGGGGAAGAUAACAGCCGGAAUAGACGGUUCCCACGGGUACACCCCGAAGCAAAGCCUGGGUCUGCCCCAUUAGAAACGACAACGACCAAAUGGUUUCGGCGACCGGACAUUCCGUACAAAACGCCUCUUCACGUGCUGGCUAUAACGCAAGAACCAUUUCUGACUCCUAAUAAAUGGGCAUACUCGUACAGACCGAUAUGGCACUAGGAAUAAUUGAUUAUGCCUAUAGAUCCUUGUUAUGUUGUUGCCAUUGCAACAAAGAUCCGCAAAGCGUACAGAUUACAGUUCAAUGGAUACGUGUUGAUUUAGAAAGAAUCAUCAACAACAUUUGAAAUGAGUUGUGUGACUGAAAAAGAAAUGAUAUUUUGGACAACUUAAUUUUGUUGUCUCUUACGCUGAAUGUUUUGAGAUACUACCGAAUAAUUAUUUCAAUUUAUUUGAUGAAAGCCUUUUUAUAAAUUGUAACUUAUUAGCCCGGCGAGUUUUAUUGUAAUUCCGUGAUAUGGAGCAACGAAAACUGAAAAGAGAUGAUUCUUCACUUAAUGUUUUGUUCCCGGGGUCGGUUUACUUCUUUGGUGAAACAACCUGAUUUCUUUCUCUUACAUUGUUUUCAUAAACUACGAAAUAACCCGGCGACACCUUUGUCUUCUAGCUAAUGAACAUAUGUACAUACAAGAGUGACCUUAAGUUUGAACGUUGUAAAUAAAUUUGAUUGACGUUAUA